AUGUGUGCGCUGGCCAUGCUGGCAACUGGGCUGUGCGUAUCCUUCGCAUUCGCAGAAGCAACGACCUUGGCCGUGCAACUGACUCGGCACUGGCGGCCGCUGCCAGACAGCUGGGGUCGGCACCAAAGCACUGUCGAGUAUUUUGCCGAAGUGGAAGUCGGAUACCCUGGCCAGCGCUUGCGUAUGACCUUUGACACAGGGAGUGCCAAUGUUGUGAUCCCUUCGAUUCAUUGUUCUGCGCCGAGCUGCAUGCCACACAGGCGUUACGAUGCCGGGCAGUCGAGCACAUCGGAGCGUCGGCUUUGCUUGGAGGACGUGGAGUCAAGCAACUACAGUCGUGAGGCUGUGACGCUGACGUUCGGAACCGGUCAGGUUACAGGGCAUUAUGCCAAAGAUGUGGUUUGCCUGGGACAAGGCUUCUGUGCGGCGUUGAGUUUUUUGGAGGCAACGAACCAAAGCGAGCAUCCCUUUCUAAGCGCACCCUUUGAUGGUGUUCUUGGCUUGGCAUUUCCCCAACUUUCCGAGGGCCCGGGCUUCUCCUUCUUCGACGAGCUGGUGAAGAGCCGGCAGCUUGCCCGGCCGAUCUUCUCCGUGUACUUUUCCCUGGGAGGCGGCGAGAUCAUGUUCGGAGGGGUGGACUCCAGGAGGAUGCGCUCAGAACUUCGAUGGGCUCCAGUGUGGAACCCUGGAUUCUGGCAGGUGUCCCUGUCGGACAUCACCCUGGAUGGACAGCGCACGGAGCUCUGCGGGGCCCCGGGGUCCUUUCGCGCCUGCGGCGCGGCCCUGGACACCGGGACAUCGGCCCUGGCGGCGCCCACGCGCCUGGCACGGCAGCUAGCUGAGCGUCUCCAGGUGGAACGGGACUGCAGCAACUUCCAUACACUGCCGAUCCUCGGCUUCCUGUUGGACGAGGCGGACUGGGAGCUGCAACUUGCCCCGGAAGAUUACGUGGGCCAGGACGAGGGCUCCUGCGAGUUGCAGCUGAUGGCGGUGGACGUCCCGAGGCCCCAUGGCCCGCUGCUGCUGCUGGGCGAUCCCUUCCUCAGGAGAUACUACACUGUCUACGAUCGCCAGCGCAUGCUCAUAGGCUUUGCCCUGGCUCAGCAGAACAGCAGCGCACCACAGGAAAUGCUGCAGAUGACCGAAGAUUCGUGCGACGUGGACGAGGCGGGGUUGAGCCCUGCCAGGCUCCAAGAGCAGGCAGCUGCAAUGUUACUCUCAGCCCAAGACUCCCAAGACCCAAGCCCUUAA